GGCCAAACAGAAAUUGCCGGGAAAUUCCAGCAGCAUCUGUGGAGAGAAAUCAGGGUUAACGUUUCGGAUCGAGUGACCCUUCCUCAGAGCGGCGCGAAGAGACGGAAAGGAGCGGAGGUCGACCUCCUGCCGUAAAGUGAGGGACAGCAGCGGCCUCGACCUCCUGCUGUGAAAGUGUCGUAAAGUCCGACCGUUAAACGGACAUGGCGGCCUUUCCCGCCGCGGCCCUCAUCCUCCUCCUGGAGGCCUCACUGCCGCGGGUCGGCGGCCGGCGGGAGGCCCAGGCUUUCGAGGCGGCCUCGGCGCUGUCGGGGAUGGAGUUCGGCGCGGCUAACGGCAGCAGCCGGCGGCCCGGAGACAGGGAGCUGCCGGUGCUGCUGUGGUGGAGCGAGGAUCUGUUCCCGCAUUUCCCCGGCGGAGGGAGGACGUCGGAGCGGAUCGAGUGCGGCCCAAUCCCGGGCUGGGCCUCUUCGGGCCCGGCCCCCCGCGCUUCCUGCCUGGUCACCCGCAGCAAGCGGACCAUCGGUCACCGGCGGACGGCCGCCGUCCUCUUCUACGGCACCGAUUUCCGAGCGGACCGGGCUCCGCUGCCCCGCCGCCGCCGCCAGACCUGGGCCCUGUUCCACGAGGAGUCGCCGAUGAACAACUACCUGCUGUCUCAGGCCGCCGCCAUCCGCCUCUUCAACUACACCGCCACCUUCCGCCGACACUCCGACUACCCGCUGACCCUCCAGUGGCUGCCCGCCGACCGCUACCUCCACCACCCGCCCGUCACCUCCCUCCAACGGAAGAACCUCCUCCGCCGCCUCGGCACCGCUCCCGUCCUCUACCUACAAUCACACUGCCCCGUGGCGUCUGACCGGGACCGCUAUGUCCGCCAGCUGAUGGAGCACCUACAGAUCGAUUCUUACGGCCAGUGUCUGCAAAACAAAAACUUGCCUAAUGAUCGAUUGAUCGACACGCUAACAGCCACAACCGAAGAUGCAGAGUUCAUGGAUUUCAUAAGCCAGUAUAAAUUUCACCUCGCCAUGGAGAACGCGAUAUGUGACGAUUAUUUGACUGAGAAAUUGUGGCGCCCCAUGCACUUGGGAGCUGUGCCAAUCUAUCGUGGCUCCCCAGUGGUACAAGACUGGAUGCCCAAUUCGCAUUCUGUAAUUCUAAUCGAUGACUUUGAAUCACCAAAGGAUUUGGCAGACUACAUAAAUUUCCUUGACCAAAAUGACGACGAGUAUUUGAAGUAUCUAGAGUACAAACAGCCAGGUGGCAUCAGCAACACUCUGCUGCUGGAGAGUUUAGAAAAGAGGGAAUGGGGUGUGAACGAUAUUAACAAGCCUAACUAUUUGAAUGGGUUUGAGUGCUUUGUUUGUGAGAAGGAAAAUGAACGACUGCAGGCAGAGGAAGCUCACAGACAGCAGCCAGAUAAGUUUAAACUGCCAGCCCCUAGAAUAGCUGCUUACAAUCAUAUGGGCUGUCCACUUCCAGUCCCUGGGUAUGGAAGUAUUGAUGAGAUUCCUGAAAAUGACAGUUGGAAAGAAAUGUGGCAUCAAGAUUACUGGCAGAGCCUUGACCAAGCUGAAGCUCUGAGCAAUAUGAUUCACCAAAAUGAGACAGACCCAAGUAAACUAUGGGAUUACGUUCAUCAACUGAUAAUGAAGAGGAACGGACACUGACAGUGGAACUGCUGCUUUAGAAUCAGGACGUUAGCUAAACACUACCACUUGGACUGCAUUUUGUGAAUGCAAUUCUGAUGUAGAUUUAUGGAUCCUUACUUAUAUAUAGAUUUUUUUUUUAUUGAAAACCAGUUCUUAUAACUUUUCUAGGAAUCAGUAGUCUUGCAUACUGUUUCCAAUAUGCUAAAAAUGGUGCUAAAUGGAAAGUUCAAAACUGGUUUCAAUUUACGAGACAUGGUUUGAGAUUGAAGAUAGAAAGUGCUAAGACAAGUUUCGUACAUAUUUAUCCCCUACAAUCGGGCAAAAGCUGCAAGCUAAGGCUUUUCUCUCCAAUUGCAAUAUAUAGAGAAGUAUAUUUUAAAUGACAGUGAAUAUUACAUUUAAUGUUUAUAUCAAGUUAAGUUUACUAUUCUUUAUUCCUUUCAAAAGGAUUAAAGAUUUUUAAACACAGGAAUUUUGUAUAGUCCCUACAGCAAAUAAAUGCAUCAUUUGGUCCAACAGAUUUGUGUUCCAUAUGAGCCCUAACCCUCUAUCAAUAUAAGCUUUUUUUUUUUCCAUCAAUUGUGUGAUUAUCUAGCUUCCCCUUUAAAACAUUUAUGGUGUUUGCUUCAUUGAGUUCCACAUUCUCACCACUUUCUAAGUAAAGAAGUUUCUCCGGUCCUGACGAAGGGUUUUGGCCCAAAACAUUACCUGCUUCUCGGAUGCUGUCUGACCUGCUGCGCCUUUCCAGCCUCAACACCUAGAGUCUCCAGAAUUCCCAUUUGAAUUGAAGUGAUUGUCUUCUAUUUGUGUUCCCUCGCAACAAACCUCCAAAAGUGGAAUGUUCUCUACAUUGAAGGAGUUGGUAGUGCAGUAGUACUGCAACUGGACCAGUAAUCCAGAGACCCAAGGUAAUGCUCUGAUGAUGUGUUCACUUCUAACGUGGCAGCUGACGACUUUGAGUACAAUUAUUAAACCAGAGUUUAUAAAGAGUUUCAUGGCCACUGUCAUCAAUUGUUGUAAAACUCCAUGUGGUUCAUUAAUGUAUUCUAGGAGGGGGAAAAUCCUGCUUUGGACUACAUUUGAUUCCAGAUGUGCAGCAAUGACGCUAACUGCUAUCUUUCCUCUGAAAUGACCUAACUUCAAGGUAAUUGAGGAUGAGCAACAGGUGCUGGCCUUGCUGUGGCACCUACAUCCAUGAAAGAACAAAAAAAGCUUCAUUCCUAAUUUUAAACUGCUCUGUUAAGUACUUCUCAUCCUCCUCUCCUAAAGAACAGGCCCUAAAAUGAACAGUAUUCCCCAAUAUCUGUGCCAUGGCUCUACCAUCCUUGUGAAUCUUUUGUUUUAGCUCUUACCCUUUUUUUUUUUUGUAACUUUUUUUGAAACAUGGAGAUCAGAAUCCUGCACCAUACUGCAGUUCAAACAUGGUCCAACCAAGGUUUUAUAUAAGCUCAACAUACCUCCUCUUUUGAAUUCUGUACCACAAGCUGAUCUGCCUGGCAUUUCCACAUUGAGGUAAGAUCAAGUGUAGUCUUCAGGUCAUGGAGUACUUGAGUUGAAAGGGUAAUGAAGCUAUGACGUACUGCUGUAAUUUAGUCCUCAUGUGAAACCAGUGCUUUCUAUUUGCUUUUCACUACAUACUCGUCUGCAUUUGUAAUAGAAACAGCUAGUGUAAGCCUAUUGCAUUAGUGCAGGUGUGUAUUUAUGUGUAUUUAUAAAUUGUGGCAAAGAAAUCUAUGAUAUCAGAAAAAAUUCUUAAUAUAUUCCAAGUGUUGAAUGUUUGGAGAAUUAAUACAUUCAAUUUAAAAGCUGAAGAGUUUCCAAACAUGAAAUGUGCUGCAUGUGGGUCUAACGUACCAGGGAAAACUGUCUGACUUUUAUAACAAUUGAAAGGAUUGUGGAAGAUGAUGCUAUAAAAAUCAUGUCCAUAAAUAUGUUCUUGAGGUGUGUGCUGUCUGUGUUGGUACCUUGAGAGUUGCCAUUGUAGACCUUUUUGUUUUUAAGAUUCAUUAUGUGCCAACUUGGAAAUGCAUCCACUGUCUUUUCAAGGUUAUUUGAUCGUUUAUCAUUUGGUCACUGGGGUACAGUGCUUCAGGGUUACUUGUACGCUGCUCAGUGAUUGACAGUGCCAAUGUUGGAGCAGGGUUAAUUGGUGCCUGAGGGAGACCAAAACUCGCUUUGAAAAUUCAGCAGCUCAAUUUAUCUCAGGUUUUCAGUCAUUUCCCAAGCUUUAUGAAAUAUCAAUCUUGCAAUUGAGGUAUGAUUUAUUAACUCCAUAAAUCAAAAAGGCUCAUUCUGGUGUGUUGAGUGUUUUUGGCUAUUUUUGACUCAAGCAGUUUGCACUCUAACCACAUUUCUUAGUUAUUGUUUGGAGAAUAGUAAGAGGUUUAAAAUGAUUAAGAUUUUUGAAAAGGUCCUCCUAUGGGUAAAGGAGUUUCUUAAAUUACUUCAAGAAACUGCAUUUGGACACAAGCAUGGGACCAAAUGUAUACGAUGUGAUUGAUGUGAAUACUACUUGCAUUUACUGCAGAUGUCACAGUCGUUUUCAGAAUAUGUGGUGCGUGAUGUUUUGUUAAAUGUUCAUAGCAUCACAACCAUUCUGUCUUCAAAUUGAUAGUGCUGCCUCCUCCCAUUAAAUGUUUUUCUUCAAUUUGUGUAAUAAUCCUAUAAAUUGGUGGGAAAUAGUAGAAUAAAUGUUACCUCCUAACGAAGGCAUUGUACCUCACUGUUGGGUUACUAACUAUGGAAUCAACUACUUAUCCAUUUUUUUCAUGUGUCUCCCAAGUGUUGAUGGAAUAUAACAUUAAUUUCUGAUUUAUAGCACGUUUUGUUCAAAUAAGCACUUGAGAGUUUUAGCACAAAGGGGGCCUGAAUGUUGGGAUAUUUUGUAUGCACAAUUGCUUUUUGUUGAACAAAUGGGUGGAGGAGCUAAUUUAACUUGUAUGUUUUUGAAGCAAUUCACAUUUCCAGGAUGGGCUGAAUUAAUUUGAAUAAGUGGAUGCCAAAGAAUUACUUCAAAUUAUUUGUAUGGCUCAUUGUAAAUGCAAGCACUGAUCAUUUUGAGUAUAUGUGCCUUGGACUUUGCCUGCUGAAUGGAGGUUGAUGUGAAAGAUUUUGAUUUCUAACCAGUGUACAUCAGUGAGUCUUAAUUAGUUCCAGAUCACACUGAUUACAGAAUGUUUCCCAUAGGCAAAAAUUUACAACUCGAUGCCUCCUUGGUAUUUCCCAUUAUAUUGCUCAAAUAAAUUUUGUUUUUUAUAGCGCAUGGGAAUACCUCCAAGUUUACUAGGCUGGUCAUUAUUAUUGUUUUCAUCCAUGUAGGACUGAUUUCUUUUCCUGUUUUGGUUUUAUUUAGUACACCAGUGGUUUUCAAUUUCUGCUAAUGCCUAUGCUGUGGAUAAUGUAAUCUGAUUUGAAAUGUAAUGUCAUGGGUGCAUUUGGUAACAGGGGAAUGAUUUUCUUCCUCACAAAUAUCUGGCUAUAGAAUUAACCAUCACACUAGUGAUUUAGCAUCCUUGACAUCAAGUUCAUGUAGGAGGAGGCCAUUGGCCAAUAGAGCCUAUGCAAAACUGGAAGAAAGAUCCAGGCAGUUUCAUAGGCUACGGUAACUAGUAUUUGACAAUCUAGUAUUUUAUAAAUUGUAAUACUGACAGUAUUGAAUAUUUUUCACAAUAUAGAAUUAUUGCAGUUUCAAACAUGGCUUGUUAAUUUAUUUUUUCUUUGUUAUUUUCACUUUAAUUUUAUGCAUAUUUGUCAUACGUGCUCUCUAAAGAGCUUACUCUGGUGUGCAGUACAAGUUGGCGUUAUUAGAAAUAGCCUUGUUCUCAGUGACUGAGGACUUGCUUUUCUUUUAAUUAUAAACCAGAAAAAAGGAAGUUGUUCUCCAAGUAUUCAUGUACAUAAGAUCAAUUUUAAAAAUGAAAAAUAAAGUUUUUUGAAUUUCACUGAAA